AUGGAUAGAUUUGAGUAUAUGGAGGCUCGGCUGUGUGAAGGAGAAAACUACAUCAAACGCGACAAAAAUGUUAAACUUUACGAUGGAGAUGAUAAGACACAAUAUGUAGAUGGAGAGGUGGUUCUUACAUCUCAUAGAUUAUUGUGGGGUAAACCAGGAGACAUCCCAAAGGGGCUUAUUUGUCUAUCAUUGUACCUAUACUAUGUUUUUUGUCUUGAAGAAGAAAAUGGUGGAGUUUUUGGCUUAGGAGGACCAAAACGAAUCAUAUUACAUUUGGGACCUGCUUUACCAGGAAAACGGCCAGGUCCAGCCGUUAUUAGUACUUACCAUUUUAUUAAACUCUCCUUCAAAGAUGGGAUAGAUGCUGCAUUUUACAAGGCUUUAAGUGAUGCAGUGGCUAAUAAACUAUGGGAACGACAACCACUGGAGACCAAUGCUUUUAGUAGCCCCACAAUGAGUCCACGCACCUCUGUAUCUCCUAUUGGUGCCAAAAUUCGUUCUGGAAUUGUUGGUAUCGAAAGGAGCAUUGAGGAACAACAAAAAGCAACCGAUGAGAGUAUCAGUGUAGCUUUUAAAGAUUUAAAGAAACUCAUGGAAAAGGCAAAAGACAUGGUCUCUAUUUCUAAAACAAUAUCAACAAAAAUAAGGGAAAAGCAAGGUGACAUAUCUGAAGAUGACACAGUGCGUUUUAAGUCCUACCUAAUGAGUCUUGGAAUUGAUGAUCCAGUUACUAGAGAUGCAUUCAGAUCAGAUUCAGAUUACUAUGUGGGUCUUGCUCAACAAAUUUCAGAUAUGAUGGUGGCAGUUUUAAUGGACACAGGAGGUAUAAUGUCUCUAGCAGAUGUCUGGUGUAGAGUUAACAGGGCACGAGGUUUAGAACUGAUAUCACCGGAGGAUUUAUUAAAUGCUUGCAAAUUACUUCCCACCAUUGAUGCUCCAAUGUGUCUUCGAAAGUUUCCUAGUGGUGCCUGUGUGCUUCAACUAAACAGCCAUCGUGAUGAGGAAGUCGCCAAAACUACUAGUCAAUUGAUUGAAGAAAAUGGUUCAUUGACACCAAUAAAGCUGUCACAAAUCGAAAACGUAUCCGUCCUUCUUGCUCGUGAACGCCUCUUUACUACAGAAAGACUUGGCCUGGCUUGCAGAGAUGAAUCUAUUGAGGGAUUAGCUUUCUAUCCAAAUCUAUUUUUAAGCAAAGUGUAA